UCUGUGUUGUGGCAAGCCGGACAGGGCAAAAAAGACGACUCCGCCAUUUAGCAGUUCGGCAGUCCUCUCGAGUCUUCACCAUCUCACUUUGCUCCCUCGUUUCAGAGUCUCUUACGGUAGCUCGAUAAAUUCACUCGAAAGAGGUAUUGCUAUUAUGUAUUGUUGUCAUGUUUGAUGUUCUUUUAAGCUGAUCAACUAGUUGAAUCGAAAUUUCUUUGGGUUUAGGAUUUCAGUUUUCUUAUCCAAUGUAUUUGAAAGACGGAUGUUCCUUGCUCUUGAGAGUACACAAACCCUCAAUCCCUUUUGUGCUAAACACAAUCCCAGCUGUCCUAAAUGACCAAAGCCAAACCGCUCGUCUAGAUGAGUGUGAUGUUUUGAGAAGACUAAGACAAGAACCCAAUAUCAAUAUAGCUUUAAACUACUUUGUUUCCGUUGCCAAUUCAAAUGUCUUUAAGCACACCCAGUUAACCUACCAAACAAUGAUCCGAAAACUCGGACGGGAAUGUGAAGUAGAUAGUGUUCAAUACCUUUUGCAACAAAUGAAAUUAGAGGGGAUGGAGUGUAGUGAGGAUUUGUUUGUUUGUGUGAUCAAUUGUUAUAAGAGAGCUGGAUUAGCAGAGCAAGCUCUGAAAAUGUUCUACAGGAUUAGCGAAUUUGGGUGCAAACUAACGGUUAAGAUUUAUAACCAUGUUUUGGAUGCAUUACUUGGUGAGAAUAAGUUUCAACUGAUUAAUCCCAUUUAUAUGAACAUGAAAAGAGAUGGGUUGGAGCCAAAUGUUUUCACAUAUAAUAUUCUUUUGAAGGCUUUGUGUAAGAAUAAUAGGGUCGAUGGGGCUAAAAAGUUGCUUGUGGAAAUGGCGAAGAUGGGGUGUGAGCCUGAUGCCGUGAGUUACACAACUGUGGUGUCUUGGCUUUGCAAGCUUGGUCAGGUAGAGGAAGCAAACGAGCUUGCUUUGAAAUUUGAACCAAUUGUGCCCGCUUAUAAUGCUUUGAUAAAUGGGUUUUGUAGGAUAUGCAAAUUCAAGGAGGUGUUCUGGUUGCUAGGUGAAAUGGCUGAUAGGGGGAUUGAUCCAAAUGUUAUUACGUACUCAACAAUCAUUAAUGCUCUUUCUGAUGUAGGAAAGGUUGAAGUAUCACUUGCUGUUUUGAGCAAGAUGUUUGUGAGAGGAUGCAGCCCAAAUGUUCACACUUUUAGCUCACUGUUGAAGGGCUAUUUUAUCAGAGGGAGACCUUUUGAAGCUUGUGACUUGUGGAACCAGAUGGUUCGAGAGGGAUUUGAGCUCAAUGUCAUCGUGUAUAACACUAUGAUACAUGGCCUCUGUUCCAAUGGGAAUAUUAGGGAAGCUGUAGCUGUUUCUCAUCAGAUGGAGGGAAAUGGUUGUCCUCCUAACGUAACUACAUUUACUAGUCUUGUUGAUGGCUUUGCAAAAGCCAGUGAUUUGGUUGGUGCAUCUGAGAUAUGGAACCAUAUGAUAACUAAUGGUUGUCGUCCUAAUGUUGUGACAUAUACCUGCAUGGUGGAUGUAUUUUGCAGGAAUUCAAUGUUCAACCAAGCUUAUUCUCUCAUAGAGAACAUGGCUCUGGAAAAUUGUUCUCCAAAUGAGGUUACAUUCAACACAUUUAUCAAAGGUUUGUGUAGCAGUGGAAGAGUAGAGUGGGCAUUAAGGGUGCUUGAUCUAAUGCCACAAUAUGGGUGCUGGCCUAACAUCACAACAUAUAAUGAACUUUUGGAUGGUCUUUUUAGAGUGAACAGACUGAAGGAGGUGUUUGAACUUAUGAGGGAGAUGGAAGAAAGGGGAAUUGAACCUAACUUAGUUACUUAUAAUACCAUUUUGUCUGGUUUCUGUCAUACUGGCAUGCUUGACAAGGUAUUGCAGCUCCUUGGGAAUAUGCUGGUAAGGGGAUCAAAGCCUGAUGCUGCCACGCAUAACAUAAUUAUAUAUGCCCAUUGUAAGCAAGGUAAGGUUAAGGUUGCUAUCGAUAUUUUGGAUAGAACGAGUGCAGGAGGGGAGUGGCAUCCUGAUGUGAUUUCGUACAGUUGUCUUUUAUGGGGGCUCUGUAACUGGGUGGGUGUAGAUGAGGCAACCAUGUAUCUAAACAAGAUGAUAGAUAAAGGGAUCCCACCAAAUAUUGCCACCUGGAAUGUGAUGGUUCGGGGCUUGUUCCGUAUCUUAGGACAUUUAGGACCGGUACACAUUCUGGAUGAUAUCAUGCAUAAUCAGUGACCGAAUUGAGUUCAGGUCUUCAAGCAGAAGUUCAACAGUAAAAAAUGUUGGUUGAACAGCAAGAGGAAUGAACCUGAUUCCGAGUAUUUCUGUUUUUGAAGGGGACUUGCAUGCAGUUCUAGAAAGGCUGAGAGGACAACUGCAUGCACUUCCAGUCAUUUGGUGCAUGGUUUUAUGAUCCGAUUAUGAAUAUGAAGAAAUUAUUCCCAUGCUUUAUGGAGCUGAGAAUGUAAAUCCGCUCUCAACCUACAAUGCAUUUGAACUGAUUCUGAAAAAUGUGUAUCUGCAUUUGGACUUUGCGCUCUGCUGGUGUGCCUGUGAAGGGGAGUGAUAAAAAGGGCUGUGGCAGAUGCUGAAAAAUGUGUAUCUGCACUUGGACGUUGCGCUCUGCUGGUGUGUCUGUGAAGGGAAGUGAAAAAAAGGGCUGCGGCAGUUGGGGGUAUUGUGGCAUUCUUUUGUUUUGGAAUGUAUUACUGUGAAUUCAAUUGUGCGUUUGUAGUUCAUACAAAGUAUAAUGUCCAUGUAUAUUUGAAAGCAUUGUGGUUCUUAAGAUACAAUGAGCAGUUGCUGUGUUUAGGUGGAUCUUGAAAGAACACCCAAAGGUCAUCCACAUUGGGUGUAUACGAUAAAAAUUUUCAAUACAUUUUAUGCUUUUAAUUCAAAAUGUGGCAUGGGACACUUAUUAUAUGAUUGAAAGUACGAACUGCAGUGGAUCAUAAGCC